CAAAAAUGCAGCCGGGAGCAGCGCUGAUCUGCAAACAGGUCAGGUCAAAGGGAUGCUGCUGUCCAAACUGGUCGGUCACGCGUGUUUUGGGGGGUUUUUUGGGGAAGGGGGGCAAACUCUGCUUGGAUUUGAGUGAAAAAUGAGCAGCAAUAAUAAAGCUUGUCAGUCUGAUAUCCUGAAACCUGCAGCCUCAGAGCCACUUGACUCUCGGCAUGAGAUAAUCAGAUCCAGACAGGAUGAAGAGGAAAUUCUGAUCGUAGCUGCGUGGCAAAACAUGGUUAACCAAAAAUUUGGAACAGACCAUUUUGUUAUUUGUUGUUUGCAUCUGCAGCAGCAAAGCCUUUCUCAGAAGGACUCUGAUGCUGCAGGUCUCCCUCAGUCUUUCCUGGCCAAGCAGAGGCGCUCCAUCCAGGCCAGGAGGACCAGCUCUGUCACCAUGGACCCCCAGUAACAGCCUUCUGAUUAACAGGAGAGGCUCUCUGUAUUAAAUAUGGACUGCAGGCCUGUUUUGUGUUGACUGUUAUCUCCCCCUGCUGGUGACUCUUGGUAAAGGGAAUCCUAUUAGAUGUCUGUAGGUUUUGAAACAGAGUAUUUUCAUAUGUAAAAAUCAUCUUAAAGAGCUUGCAGCUCUUUAAAAUCUUAAAAGCAAUGAAAUAAA